GCCUGUUCAGUGAUCCGGAGAUUCGUUUGGAUCGCCUUGGACUCGUUAUAAAACCAUUGUUGGUAAAUCGUUAUUCUGGCACAGGGCAAUCUCUCUGGUGAGAUGUUCAGAGUGGCCUAGACUUGACCAGCCAUCAGUAAUACAGCGCCAAACCUAGUAAUUAUUCAUCGUAAUUAGCAUCACCACCAGGAAGCAUGUUUAGAAAUCAGUAUGAUCAAGAUGUUGUCACGUGGAGUCCGCAAGGCCGCAUCCAUCAGAUUGAGUAUGCAAUGGAAGCAGUCAAGCAAGGUUCAGCUGUUGUCGGACUGAAGAGCACCACGCAUGUCGUCCUGGCAUCCAUUAAGAGGACAUCAGCAGAGCUGGGAGCUUUCCAGAGGAAGAUCUUCAAGAUUGACGACCACCUUGGCAUCGGCGUCUCGGGGCUCAUAUCAGACGGCAGGAGCAUCAGCAGAUUCUUGCGAAACGAAUGCCUGUCACACAGGUUUGUGUUUGAGCAGCCGAUCCAGGUGGCGAGGCUGGUGCGCGACCUGGCGGACCGCGCGCAGGUGGCGACUCAACGCAGCUGGAAGCGGCCCUACGGCGUCGGCGUGCUGGCGGCAGGCCACGACAAGACUGGCGCGCACCUGUUCUACAACUGCCCCUCCGGCGCCUACUACGACUACAAGGCCAUGGCCAUCGGCGCGCGCUCGCAGGCGGCGAAGACAUACUUGGAGCGCAACUUUGAGGAAUUUGCCGGCGCCGACGUGGACGCCCUGCUACAGCACAGCCUCAAGGCGCUGAGCGCGAGUGUGACGGAGGAUGAGCUGAGCGCGGACAACACGGCGGUGGCGCUGGUGGGCGAGGGGACGGCCUUCACCAUCCUGGAGGGCGACGCUCUCAAGCCAUACCUGGCCGCGCUCAAGGCCGACGACGACGCGCCGCCGCCAGGUGAGGGCGAGAUGGCAGAGGCGGCAGAUGCCGCCGCGCCGGCAGAGGCAGCUGCACCGGAAGACGGCGCGCCCCCGGCCGAGGGCCCGGCCCCGAUGGAAGACUGAAUAUCUUCUAACUGAGCUUGAAGUUCAAACUUUGAAAGAAUCCUGAGUAGGCUUCCUAUCAGUGAAUGAAUCACCGCUCUAGUGCACUCACGUGAAACAUAGCAGGACUUGCAGCUCCGCUCUUGAUGACAUGUGACUUCCAGGGCCUUGUGCCCCAGUUGUAUGAGGGCAGUUCCGGAGGAUCCUGUAACUGCAUACAGUAGGAUC